GCAUCUGAAAAAUAAACAGUAUAUAGUCACUGAACUUGAAGUAGUAUUGUCCCUGUAGAGAUCUGAAACCUGAUUUCAUCCCAAUUGUUUCAGUGUUCACCAAUUAUCCCACUGCAGCCACAAGUCUAAUUUCCUUGCAACAGACUGGUUAAGUAGUGUUUUCUAUGCCAUACAUAUUAGUCUUGCCUAAACUGGCAUCAUCCGGAUGUAUUAGAUUAAACCUCAAUUCACCCUUGGCAUCAUAACUAUGGAAAUCUUAUAACUGGAGUGCAACAGGCUUGGGGAAUAGUGCUCUACACCAGUGGUUCUCAACCUGUGGUCCGUGGAUCCCUGGGUGGCCCACAAUAUCAAAAGGGGUCUGCGAAGGUUUGAAGAAAUGUUAUGAUUUGAAUCUUGAAUUAGGUCUUGGGAGUCCAUGGCCACAAAAGGUAUUUAAAGUCCGUGGUGAAAAAAAUGUUGAGAACCACUGCUCUACACCAUAGUGUUAUAACACUAUAUAAAGCAUGCUGUAGAAAUUAAUUGUUGAAUCAAUCACAAUCACAAAUUUUGUGAUUUGUAAGGAGGUUUCAACUCUUCAAAUAACAUCUGGAGAAUAGAAUUCUUCCCCUCCCACAGCAAAAGGCAGGAGUAAGUCUGUAUAAAAUACCACUAACUCACAAAACAGAAGUUUUUAAUGAACAUUUUGAACAUAAUCAGUUUUUAUGAUUUUUCCAAUGUCUUAUUUUAUUGGUGUCUAGAGGAGAGCCCCAUAUCUUAUAUAUCCAUUAAGUUAAGAUUUUGAGAUCUUACUUUGUCAAGCACUCUCCCUCUUAAUAUUAUCUGAUCUGUAUCCUCCUUUCCUGCUUUUUAGCAGAUACAGAUUAAAACAUUUAUUUUAAUUUCACUCUUUGGUCUGUAAAAUGGUAUUAAGCUACAUUUCAUACCUUUUUAAAAAACAGUUCAUUUUUAAAUCAAAAUUACUAAUUUUAAUAUAGUUUGAUAAUUGAAAAGCUGUGGAACAAGAUUUUAAAAAUAAUGCAAUUAAUAGAGCCCAAUGCAAAAUGUUUGAAUGAUUAAAUGAUGAGAUCAAGAUGCCAAGCCACUAGGCAUGAAUGAAUCUACAUUUUUUCUUGUUUUUAACAUUCUUUAUUGCUCUUUAAAAAUGCUAAUUGAUUGUAUUAACAUUUUUGUGCUUCUUUUUAAUUAUAUUGGGUUCUCUUGAAAGAUAUUUAUUUUGGAAAAGCAAAAUAAGAAAGAAAUACAUUCCUUUGGAAAACAGAAAUCCUGAGAAUCCCUUUCUCACUUUGGACCCAAAGUGGAUUUGUACAUCUUAAUACAUCUUGUGAAGUAUUAGAAUAAAACAUAUUCACUUCUUGUCUUCCCAGCAUGUUUAUAAUCAUGUAUCUUUAACCACAUAUACCUGCAUGAAUAGAUUUCCACUUGCAUAUUAUCUACUUCCUUGUCAAGCAACACAAACAAAAUUCACACCCAUGUUAUAUCCAAACCAGCACUUAUUGCACACAUUGUAUUAUAUAAUUCUGGAGUUUAAUUCCAACAAGGACUUCAAUGUUUAUUUGCUUCUGUUUGUAUGGUUGAUGGCCUUCAGUAAAAGAUAUCCCAACCUUUCAUGCAAAUCUUAAGUUUUGUUCUGUUGAAAAGUCUACUCUUCUAUCCACCACAACCGCUUAAAGUUGUUUUCUGAAUGGAGGUAUUGGAAUUUUCCUUUAAGAGCGAAACCAUUUGUCAAGUUGAUCAGAAGGAGAACAUCUCUUAAUUUUGGAGUAAUACCCUGGUUUUGUAACAGUGUUUGUAGAGGUCUGCUGAGGAGUCUCAAACCUAUGUUGAGUUUGUUCGUAUGUAUAGAUACAAAAACUUCUUAAAGUCUUUUUUUUUAGUAACUAGAUAUUCAAGUAUGAUCUUCUUUAUAUAUACCUUAGGAAAUUUCAACCCUCUCCCAUGAAACCACAAAUUGCAGCUUGGUACCGGUAGUUGCUCCAGUAUUCAUAAGCUCUUUUUAACUAGCUAUCAAUCUACUUCCUUCCUUACUUCUGCUCCUUCACCACAUUAAACCUAUCAGAGGCAGUUGGCCUCCACAUAUUAAGGCUUCUCUUGGGCUCAAGGUCACUGCACUAAGUCUGGGUGCUUUUCUAGCUAUAUAGUCACAUCCUGUCACCCAUUUCCUCUCUGUUUCUCUCAGCACUACUACAAAGGGCUAUUUUCCAUUACUUUCAUAAAGUCAUCAGACUAAAUAUUCUAAAUAUUUCAUGCCCAGAAAAACUUAAGGUGAGUCUAUAAUGAGAAGGUACAAUUAACAUUUAGUAUGGUUAUCAUUUGUUGGUUUUGUGCAAUUUAAACUGAGAUAGGUUUCUAUCAGUUCUUUACUUGUGAAGCAUUCUAGAAUUGCACACACACGAACAGUCACUGUUAACACUAACCAUUAACCAUUGUUUCCCAUUGUGAUGUUCUUCAAUUGAACUUUGGAUUGGAGAAGAUUUGCAAAUGAUUUUGAGCAAAUUUUGUUGCUGCCUAUGCAUAGAACCAGAACAUAGUUGAAACCAGAUAGCAGGAGGAAAUUCCUUACUAAAAAGGGAGCUGCCCAUUGCAAAUCUAGUUUCUGAUUGGCCAGUUUUCAGGAGAUAGUGCUGUGUUUGCACUAGAUCUAAUAUGGAUGAUACAGAGAUGACAGUUCACAAUAUUUUUGAAAUUGUCAACAUAAUUUGUCCUAAAGACACUGUAUGUAAUAGACUUAACUGUCAAUCUAAGGUAGCAAUAGGAGACUUUGCAUUAGGACUGCUAGUGUUUCCUGAUUUAAAAUAAAAAAUUCUGUAGCAGGGAAAUUGUAAAAAAGAACAAAAAAGAAAGAAUGCACUCGGUAUGAUGUUGCUUUCGGUAUUUCAGGUUCUAUUUCUUGAAGGUUUUGUAAGAUUUAUAAUUAGUUGGCUGUUGAAUCACAUUGCUGUUUCAAUGCUUAUUUUGGGUAAUGUCUCUCCAGCAUAAGGAGGGGGGGUGGGAUGAGAGCAAUGCUGUGGCCUUCUGGAUUCUAUUAAGAGAUGUUUGCUCAAAUGUAGGGAGAAUGCAAAACUUCUGUACAAUUGUAUCUUUGGAGGAUUCAUAACAGUUUUUCUCUCACCAAGAAUCCUUCCUUCCUUCCUUCCUUAUCCUCCUAUAUGGAACUUGAGAUACUUCUUGAGAUGGAUAUUAGAAAAAUGACCAGCAUAUUUUUAUUUAAAUAAACUGUAAUUAUUCCCCAAUCAAUUCUAGUGUUUGUGUGUGUGUGUUUUGUCAUGUUAAGUAAGAAGACCUGUGUUUGAAGGUUGAAAGAUUUCACAUACUGAGUAAUUUUAAACAAUGGCUGGGAUACAUAGAAGUCUAUCAGGGUUAGGACACUACAUCUUUUUACUCUUUGUUUCCCUCUAUGAAAUCUCUAAUUUUUUACAUCACGUUACAAUAUUCAAAUAUGUUAUCUUUUAAAAACAGAAAAAGUUUCUAAACUUGGAAGCAAUUUUAUUAUUCUUUAAUCUAGGAUGCAAAUAAAAUGGAAUUAGAAUUUUAGAAAAAUGCUGUUUAAGUAUUUAUCUGAAUGUGUGGGAGACCUAAAUUAUUUUUGUGUUUGCUGAAUUAUAGGUAUAGCUUUCUGUAUGAUCAGGAAUUGAAAGAAAUAAGAGUUCUGAGUUGCCUUGAUAGGUCUACUUACAUUGGAACAAAUAUGAUUUCCUUUCCAGAUUUCCCACUUGACUGAUAAUGGAGCUGAGCCCUGUGCCCUACCCCAGUCUUCACAACCUUAACAACUUUAAUCUACAUGAACUUCAACUCCCUAAAUUCUCUACCCAGCCAUUGGGGAAUUAUGGGAGUUGAAGUCCACAUGUCUUAAAGUUUCUAAGAUUGAAAAACACUGCUCUAGACUUUGAGCUCUCCACAUUAAGUGAACAUCUAAAUGGGAUUAGAAAAUAUGUGGUACAUUAAUGCUCUCAUACAUGGUUGCUUCAGUGCCAUGUAAAGCUCUUUGCAAACCUCUUUAAUGUCUCUUCAAUACUUAAUCACUCCAAAAUGUUACCUAAUGCUAAUUAUUAGAAUGGUUGCAUUAAGACAGGGAUAUCAAACUCGCAUCGUCACGGUGUUGUCACGUGAUAUAUCGGGACUUUCCCCCCUUCACUAAACCUGGCGGGGGUGGAGGCAGCACGUGAUGCAUCCAGCCGUGGGCUGCGAGUUUGACGCUCCUGCAUUAGGAAUAAGCAAGUAGUUGUUUAUUAAAUAAGAGUAAUUGAAAAAUCAGGGCAUAAGACAUCCAUGGUGGCCCCAGUGCUUAUUGGCACAUUGGGUGCCAUACCAAAAAUUCUUGGAUGGCACUUUCCAUCUGUCAAUUGCAGGAGGCCAGAAUGCUUGGAUCUGCAUAUAUACUACACUGAUAAUAUCAGAACAUCCUAGGUUCCUGGAAAGAAUUUGAUGCAUGUGAAGUUGAACACCAGUUAAGGAACUGGUAGCUGUGACUUCACCUUGUUGUGAACAAAUAACAAUGAUGCUAUUUUUAAGUUGGCAUAAAUUUUCUUUUGGAUGCCAAAUUUUUAACAAAUUUUUGUUUGGCAGCCAGGUUUUGAAUAACUUUCUUAGUCUUUUGGGUUUCUUUAUUAUUUUGUUUUUGUAUAAUCCAUAAUAAUAUGGACAGUAUGCCACUGCUGCCUUUGUCAUUAUGGACAAACAUGCCAAUAUUGUUUCCAUAUAUCUUCUUUCAUGUGCAUCUUGACAGCAUAUUAACAUCAGCAGUGAAAAGCUCCAUUCUUUGGCUGACAGAUGGUUCUCCCUGCUCUCUUAUCUUCCCUAGACAAAGAAAAAUACAGACACACUAUUUUGACCACUGAAACCACGUAAGGCCUUUGGAGGAAGCUCAUCUCUACCUUCAAAUGUUCUAGAAGUAAUAAAUAAAUAAAUAAUAAGGAAAUCGUUUCUUCAGAUUUUGGUGAAAACAUGAAACUGAAGACUGCUCAGAUGUAACUGGCCAUAAAGUUAUUAAAGUCAGAGGCACUGUCUUGAAAGUUAAGAGAGUAUAUGUUAAAUAAAUGCAUGCACACAGUCCUCCAGCAUGGUUGGGUUUUUUUGUUUUGUUUUUUGGAGUGGGUGGGUGGGUGGUGGGGAGAAAGAUCUCCUUUAAAACAAACAAAAGCUGAGCCAGCAACAUCUUGCUAUGAGAAUCCAGGUGUCAGGUGUGCUUUUUCUUCAGCUCAGAGCUUCUGCUCAGUUCAGCCAGAUCUGUCCUGGGACAGUUGUCCUUGUUAAUAGUUGACAAUUGCAUUACCCUGCGUUCUUGUUUUGCUACAGAACAAGUAGAGUGUUUGGUCUGAGUGAUUUACUCAUGGGCAAGCCAGAGUUAAUAACCUUUAGAAGAAGCUUCAAGAAAAUGCAACCAUGUGGUACUGACAACUCUCACUUGCUUUUUUUAACCUUGUAGGGAGAUAUUUCAUUUGUUAUUCCCCCACCCCUCUCUCUUCUUCCUUAUGAUUCCUAAGCUGAUGUGAGAACUUUCUAAACAAGGAGGAACACAGCAGAGAAAGUCCUGCUUCUUUCUUCCCCUUUUCUUUCUUUCUUUUCUUUUCUUUUCUUUUUUCUUUUGGUUCCUUUCAGUCCUUAAAGGAAGACUCCAUCCGGUAUGUAAAGGAAGAGAUUCCCCGCCCGUUUUUUUUUUUUCUUUCCCCUUGGUUUCCACACACAAUGGAGCUUUCAAGAGAACCUCUCUCCAAAGGAAUAGCUGCAGCCUUUGUGUUGAAGGGUGUGCCUAUUGGCAAGGCUUGCUAAGCAGACAGCUUGGCUGGUGAUUAACAAAGGUCAUUAGACUUUGGAAUCUGGCAGGCAGAGUCAGAUGGUAUGUCUUCUGUGGAUAGAAGAAUGACUCCCAUGAGGUUAAAGCGCAUACUGUGGAAGGCUUUCCCCCUCCCUCUUCUUCUUUUCUUUCUCCUGGUUCUCCGUCUGCCUCCCUUUCUUCUAUCCAUCCUGUCUUGAAAUAAUAACAAUAGUAAUAAUAAUAACAAUCUGGUUGCAUUACUGCUUCUUGCUUUGCUUUGGACCGGGAGGCCACCUGGCCAGAUCUUUUUUGCUUAAGCAAAGACUGUUGCUGAUGGAUCAUUGAGGGUUGGAAGAACCUUCAGAGGUUUUCCUAAUGUAAAGCUUAGCAACAAAGAUCAUGGAGGUGCUGCAGUGUGACGGCUGUGAUUUUCGAGCGCCUUCCUAUGAAGAUCUUAAAGCUCACAUCCAGGAUGUUCAUACUGCAUUUCUGCAGCCCACGGAUGUUGCUGAAGAAACUCCUAGCCCAUCAAGAUUCGGUUCCAUGAACAGUGACCCGGCUGAGGUGGAGUAUUCUUUGGUAAAAGAUGAAUUUGCAGUGGCAGAUGGGAUGGCAGGGCAAAAUGCAGCUCAGCUGGGAACUGGCAAUUACUACAGCCAUAGCCAGGGUUAUUAUGGCCAACAUAUGCUCUCCAAAUCAGCAAGCAAGUUUUUCCAGUGUAAAUACUGUGUACGUUAUUUCCGAUCCAAAAACCUUCUUAUAGAACAUACCCGGAAAGUCCAUGGUGCUCAGACUGGAAGCUCCCCAACUGGAUCCACAGGUGCUGGUUCCUUAAACUACAACAUCAUGAUGCACGAGGGCUUUGGGAAGGUAUUUUCAUGCCAGUUCUGCACCUACAAAUCUCCAAGACGUGCACGGAUUAUAAAACAUCAGAAGAUGUACCACAAAAACAGCCUGAAGGAGAGCUCAACCCCUCCUGCUUCUUCUGCUGCUAUAUCUGAAUCAACUUCUACAUCUGUUUCGAUGCAGGAUUCGUGCAAGGAGCUUCCAGCUGAAGUUGUUGAACGUAGCAUUUUGGAGUCUAUGGUCAAACCUUUAACCAAAUCAAGAGGCAACUUCUGCUGUGAAUGGUGUACCUACCAGACGCCCCGAAGGGAACGUUGGUGUGAUCAUAUGAUGAAGAAGCACCGAAGCAUGGUAAAAAUACUGUCCAACCUGAGGCAGCAACAGGAUGGGACCAACAUGUCAGAUGUUGUAAACAAGAGUCCCCCAAGCCCUCCCCCAAACUCUAACUAUAUACCCAUGAAUGCUUCUGGGCGAGAGAUGCCCAAUGCAACUGUCCCAAACUACAGAAGUUCAGUAAACAAUUCUCUUAUCAGGUCCAACGCCUCUCCAAAAUUUUCCUCUGCUUCCUAUCCUCAGAUGAAACAUAAGGCUCCUCACAACUCGGGCAUUGUUAAUUUGUCUGACCGAUCUCGCUAUGGAGUUGGUGACAUGGCAAAUUCUACUGAUCUGGAUACCAACAGUAUGCUGAAUGACUCCAGUUCGGAUGAUGAGCUCAAUGAAUUAGACAGCGAGAAUGGGUUGAACUCUAUGGAUCACCAAAGCUCAGGACUAACUGCUGAGCAGCUGAUGGGAUCUGAGGGCCACAAGUUACUGGAAACCAAGGGGAUCCCCUUUAGAAGGUUUAUGAAUAGGUUCCAGUGUCCUUUCUGCCCUUUCCUUACCAUGCAUCGGCGAAGCAUCUCUCGCCACAUUGAAAACAUCCACCUCUCUGGAAAGACAGCCGUCUACAAAUGUGACGAAUGUCCUUUCACCUGCAAGAGCUCUUUUAAGCUUGGUGCUCAUAAGCAGUGUCAUACUGGCGCAGCAUCGGACUGGGAUGCCGUGAAUUCCCAAACUGAAAGUAUAGCUUCUUCUUUAAACGAAAGUACAGUAUCCUACGAAGGGGGGAAUAUAAAUGGCAGGAAAUCUGGGGGGAUAAUGGAUUCCAUGCAGCAACAGCAGCAGUCUCCCCAGUCCAAUUCGCAGCAUCCGUAUAAAUGCACCAUGUGCAAUUAUUCCACCACAACUUUGAAAGGCCUUCGGGUUCAUCAGCAGCACAAGCACUCAUUUUGCGAUAACUUGCCAAAAUACGAGAGCCCAUCAGCAAAUACCCUGCAAGACAGCGAGCCCGAUGCUCAUGCUUCUCCCAGCACUGUGAAGAAAAGCCAGACCUCAAUUCUUGGACUGUCUUCUAAAAACAACUUUGUAGCAAAAGCCUCUAGGAAGAUGUCCAAUGACUUUCCCUUAGAUCUGUCCCCAGUCAAGAAAAGAACCAGAAUUGAUGAGAUUGCCAGUAAUUUGCAAAGCAAAAUCAAUCAGAACAAGCAGCAGGAAGAUGCAGUCAUUAAUGUGGAGGAUGAUGAAGAGGAAGAGGAUGACAAUGAAGUAGAAAUAGAAGUAGAACUGGACAAGGAAGAAGAACAAACAGAACCACUGUUGGAAAUAGCGGCAUUUGCUUCCCAGCAAAUAUGGGGAAGAGACCCAGAUGAUCCUCAGAAAGAGCCCAGCUACAGGAAUAUCCCCCAUGAUUACAGCUCCACCAAUGGGGCAGAAAUUGAGCUAACUAUAUCUGAAGAUGAGGAAGAAUAUUAUUGUUCUUCGGUGGGUUUGAAGGAUCCAGGACUGAAUUCAUCUAUUCUAGGCAGCCAGGCAAGCCUAUAUGGAUCUGAUCAAAACAAUGAGAAUUCAGAUUUUGGUGAUUCUGGAAGGCUUUACUAUUGUAAACACUGUGAUUUCAGCAACAAAUCUGCCAGGAGUGUCAGCACUCACUACCAACGGAUGCAUCCCUACAUUAAAUUCAGCUUUAGGUAUAUCCUUGAUCCCAACGACCACAGUGCAGUGUAUAGGUGUCUUGAAUGUUACAUUGAUUAUACAAACUUUGAAGAUCUGCAACAGCAUUAUGGUGAGCAUCACCCGGAAGCCAUGAAUGUAUUAAAUUUUGAUCAUUCUGAUUUGAUCUAUCGCUGUCGCUUCUGCUCUUACACCAGCCCCAAUGUUAGGAGUCUAAUGCCGCACUACCAAAGAAUGCAUCCGACUGUUAAAAUUAACAAUGCCAUGAUAUUCUCAAGUUACGUAGUGGAGCAACAAGAAGGGUUAAGCUCAGAAUCGCAAACACUGAGAGAGAUACUGAACUCUGCUCCAAAAAACCUGUCUACUUCGACCCCAGUUGCACGUGGGACUUGUGGCAUACCUGCUGCUUUUAACAAAAGUUCUUCAAAGGGCAACAGCCCCGAAUCUGAAAGCCAAAAAGAAUCAACAGUUAACAGUGUUGUAGUUUAUGAUUGUGAUGUCUGUUCCUUUGCAAGUCCCAACAUGCAUUCUGUCUUAGUGCAUUACCAGAAGAAACAUCCAGAUGAGAAGGCUUCAUAUUUUAGGAUUCAAAAAACGAUGCGUGUGGUGUCAGUAGAGAGGGGUUCUGCCCUGGCUCAGAUGGCUUAUGAACUAGGGUCACCUGGCUCUCCCAAAAUGUCACCGUUACCACCUCCACCACCUCCAGACCUUACCACUGAGCUUUACUACUGCAAACAUUGCUCUUACAGCAACCGGUCAGUGGUUGGGGUACUAGUGCACUACCAGAAAAGGCACCCAGAGAUAAAAGUGACUGCCAAAUACAUUAGGCAGGCACCCCCAACUGCUGCAAUGAUGAGAGCUGGAGAGAUACCUCCUGGUGUUCGUAGACCUACAAUGCAGCACCUGAAUAGGGACAAUGCAGAUGGUGCUGUAGCUCCAGCAGAGAACGAGAUGUUCUUCUGCCAGCACUGUGAUUAUGGAAACCGGACUGUAAAAGGGGUCCUUAUUCAUUACCAAAAGAAGCAUCGUGAUUUCAAAGCCAAUGCAGAUGUGAUUAGGCAACACACAGCCACCAUCAGGAGCCUCUGUGACCGGGGUCAGAAAAAUUCCCCGGGUGGCUUACAAAUUCCUACUUCUGGUUCUGAGCAAGAAAGGGCUAAGUUAAGAGCUCUCAAAUGCAGGCAGUGUUCUUAUACAUCUCCUUAUUUCUACGCACUGCGGAAGCACAUUAAAAAGGACCAUCCAAGCUUGAAGGCUACUGUCACAUCUAUUUUGAGGUGGGCGUUUUUGGAUGGUUUAAUAGAAGCUGGAUAUCACUGUGAAUGGUGUAUCUAUUCUCACGCAGAACCCAGUGGCCUGCUAGUGCAUUACCAAAGGCGACAUCCUGAACAUUACGUUGAUUACACAUAUAUGGCAACAAAACUCUGGGCAGGGCCAGAUCCUUCACCUCCAGCCUUACUAAUACCAUCAGAAAUGAAAAUAUAUAGAUGCAGAGACUGUAUUUUUGAAGCCUCUUCCAUUUGGGAUAUCACUAAUCACUACCAAGCUUUUCACCCUUGGGCUAUGAAUGGAGAUGAAUCGGUGUUACUAGAUAUUAUCAAGGAAAAAGAUGCUGUGGAUAAAAUGAACCCAGUAUCGGAUGGUAUUGGUGCCAGAAUAAUUUCAGAGGAUCAUUUAGCAUUGCCACACGGGGACCCAGAUACCGAAUACGCAGAAGAGUCAAACCUUUCCCAAGAUAAAGCUCUUCAGCUCACCUCGGUGAACCCUGCAAUAUCCUCUACACCAUACCAGUGUACAGUGUGCCAGUCUGAAUAUAACAAUUUGCAUGGACUUCUCACCCAUUAUGGAAAAAAACACCCUGGGAUGAAAGUGAAAGCUGCAGAUUUUGCACAAGACAUUGAUAUUAAUCCAGGAGCGGUGUACAAAUGUAGGCAUUGUCCUUACAUUAACACACGCAUCCAUGGCGUUCUUACACAUUACCAGAAGAGACACCCUUCCGUGAAGGUCACGGCAGAGGAUUUUGUGCAUGACGUGGAGCAGCCUGCUGACAUGAGCCAGAAUGACGUGGAGGAAACCAGCAGGAUUUUCAAGCAAGGGUAUGGUGCUUACCGAUGUAAAUUGUGCCCCUAUACGCAUGGCACUUUGGAGAAGCUCAAAAUUCAUUACGAGAAAUACCAUAACCAGCCUGAAUUUGAUGUAUUUGCACAGUCUCCUCCGAAAUUCUCUGCCUCCCUGGAGCCCGAAGUUCUCACUGAAAUUAAGCCCUCCCCUGAGAUGACUCCAGAAGAUCUCCUCGGAGACGAUUCACUGCCAUCUUCCCACUUCUCCGGUUCCCAUUUGGUUUCUCAUACUGUGUUCCGCUGCCAGCUUUGUAAGUAUUUUUGCUCUACUCGGAAAGGGAUAGCCAGGCACUACCGAAUAAAACACAACAAUGUUCGGGCACAGCCAGAAGGCAAGAACAACCUCUUUAAAUGUGCCCUGUGUUCCUACACAAACCCUAUUCGUAAAGGUCUGGCUGCUCAUUACCAGAAGCGGCACGACAUUGAUGCUUACUACACGCAUUGCUUAGCAGCAUCAAGGACUAUAAGCGACAAACCCAACAAAGUGAUCAUCCCCUCACCCCCCAAGGAGGACUCUCCUCAGCUAAGCGAGGAACUGAGAAGGGCGGUGGAGAAGAAGAAAUGCUCCCUCUGCUCUUUCCAGUCCUUCAGCAAGAAAGGCAUAGUCUCCCACUACAUGAAACGCCAUCCCGGAGUAUUCCCUAAGAAACAACAUGCCAGCAAGCUUGGGGGUUACUUCACUGCGGUGUACGCGGACGAGUAUGAAAAGCAGCAACCUCCCCCAGAAGAGAGGAAUGAUUUUGAGAAGCCCGAAUUGGAGGUGGAGGCUCCAGAGAUGGAGUGGCUUCCCUUCCGGUGCGUCAAAUGCUUUAAGCUCUCCUUCAGCACAGCCGAGCUGCUCUGCAUGCAUUACACUGACCACCACAGCAAGGACCUGAAGAGGGAUUUUACCAUCCUGGGAAGUGGGGCCCGUUUCCAGUGCAGGCACUGUGAUAGUAAGCUGCAAAGCCUGGCGGAGCUGACCACGCACUUGAAUGGCCACAAUGAGGAAUUCCAGAAACGUGCCAAACGCCAAGAGAGGAGGAAGCAGCUUCUGAGCAAGCAGAAAUAUGCGGAUGGUGCUUUUGUAGAUUUCAAAGCAGAGAGGCCUUUUGGCAGCUUGGAAGAAGUUUCAAAAUUAAAAGAGAGGAAGGUGGUAGGAUACAAAUGUAAGUUCUGUGUCGAAGUUCAUCCGACUCUUCGCGCCAUCUGCAAUCAUCUUCGUAAACAUGUCCAGUAUGGGAAUGGUUCCUCAGUCUCUACUGGAGUCAAGCAGGAAGCUGAAGAACCUUCACAUGCAGCUUUCUUGGAGGGUAUUGAGGGAGCCAAAGACCAUAUGGCCACUAUGGAACUUGCAGAAGCUGAAUCUGGACCAUCACUGGAAGAUGAAACCAGACCUGGUGGCUACCAUUGCAGCCAGUGUGAUCGGGUUUUGAUGUCUAUGCAGGGUCUACGAUCGCACGAGAGGAGUCACUUGGCCUUGGCCAUGUUUACUCGCGAAGACAAGUACAGCUGCCAGUACUGUUCCUUUGUUUCUGCAUUCAGGCACAACCCUUCAGGAGACUCAUAUCCACUCUUCUGGCAGAGUUUGGAUCGCCAUAUGCAAGCACACCACGGACAUCACAAACCAUUCCGCUGCAAACUCUGCCCUUUCAAGUCCUCCUAUAAUAGCCGGCUGAAAACUCACCUACUCAAAGUCCAUGCUGGUGAACAUGCGUACAAAUGUUCCUCCUGUUCAUUUUCCACCAUGACAAUCAGCCAGCUAAAAGAGCACUCCCUGAAAGUGCAUGGGAAGGCAUUGACACUACCAAGACCACGAAUUAUCAGCCUUGUAACCUCGCAUGCUCAACAUGCCUCCAAGAACCACACUACUGCUGAAGAAGUGGAAGACUCGAAUGAUGCUUACUCAUCAGUCUUGGGGAGCUGGGGGGAAUGUUGGAACCCCAUCUUGAUGCAUGUGCAGAGGGCCAGGCUUCCUUCCAAAAGUCUUUGCUGUAGAAGAAGAAUCACAGUUAGAGAUUCUUCCUAUUCAGAGCCUCCUGAUGUCCAGCAACAACUGAACCACUAUCAGUCCGCAGCCUUGGCAAGGAAUAAUAACAACAUUAGCCCCGUUCCACUUUCUGGAGGAGACCAGAAAGCCGAAGCCAUCCUUAACUGUGAAUUUUGUGAAUUCACUUCGGGUUACAUACAGAGCAUUCGCCGUCAUUAUCGUGACAAACAUGGAGGGAAGAAGUUGUUCAAGUGCAAAGACUGUUCAUUUUACACAGGCUUUAAAUCUGCUUUUACUAUGCAUGUGGAAGCUGGGCAUUCAGCAGUUCCAGAGGAAGGACCCAAAGAUCUCCGUUGUCCUCUCUGUCUCUACCACACCAAAUAUAAACGGAACAUGAUCGACCAUAUUGUCCUUCAUAGAGAAGAGCGAGUGGUUCCCAUAGAAGUUUGCCGUUCCAAGCUGUCCAAAUAUUUGCAGGGAAUCGUUUUCCGCUGUGACAAGUGUACCUUCACCUGUUCCAGUGAUGAGAGUCUACAGCAACACAUAGAGAAGCACAAUGAGCUGAGACCUUACAAAUGCCAACUCUGCUACUACGAGACCAAGCACACGGACGAGCUCGAUGCUCACCUUCGCGAUGAGCAUAAGGUGAAUCGCAAUUUUGAGCUGGUUGGACGGGUUAACUUAGAUCAGUUGGAGCAAAUGAAAGGAAAAGAGGAGAGCUCCAGCAGUGAUGAGGAAGAAAAGGAUGAGGAGAUGAGCCCCGAGACAGAAGAGAGAGGGAACAUGAGGUUUUCAGAAAACGGUCCUCCUGAAAAACGCUUCCCCUGUGAAUUUUGCGGGCGAACAUUUGCUGAAGGCUCUGAAUGGGAACGGCAUGUGCUGAGACAUGGCAUGGCAAUGAAUGAAACCAACCGGGUCAUCAGUGACGAAAGCCAGGCCAAAGAGAAUGCAGAAGAGACGGUUAAGGUACCAUUGGCAGAAGAAAUGGAAAGCAGCCCAAAGAGACUGGUGGACUUUUCCCACAAGAACGAAGCUGCCAUCUGUGUCACUGUUGCUGCUACUGCUGCUGCUGAUAAUAAAUCACUCCCAGAGAUGGCAGAGGUCAAAAGUGAAUGAGCACCUGGUGUGAUUUCCGACAACCUACUUGAACAGUGAUGAAUGGGGAGGGGGCGGGCAGGGGGACAAGGAAGAAUCAAAGCUGCUUUUAGGACUGAAUGAUCUAUUUUCAAAGCACUGGUACCUGUGUGUGUGUGUGUGGGUGGGUGUGUGCGUGCGCGCGCGCGCAUGUGUGGGCAUGCAUGUGGGCGUGCGUGGGUGGGCGUGUGUGUACAUAGAUUAAAUUUAUUUAAUUGAGGACGGUGGGAUCCGUGGCUCCACGACACCCACAUGACUCUUCUGGAUCUCGACAAUGGGAAGUUACACGGUCAUAACUUUGGACUUGGCGAGAAUCAAAUUCCCAGACGCGUCUUGCAUUUUGCCUUUGUGCUCCACUGCUGGAGACUUCGGGAUUCUUUCGACGACGGAGGCGUCCCAAGGAUAGAAGAAUGCAGGGGACAAAGUUCCGUGCCCAACUUUGGGGCACUCUUUUUUUUUCUAGUUUUAAUAUACAUAUUACGCUUUUCCAGAGUGACAAAAAAAAAAACAAGAAAAAAAAGAAAGUUAAAGACUGCUUUGGCUUAAAACAGUCACCUGUUUCCUAGUACCUCAGAAUUAACCAAGGGAAAUUAAAAACAAAACAAAAAAACACAAAACAAAUCUCUGCAUUUGUGAGUACUACCUGUUGUUGUUGUGGUUAAAUAUAUAUAGAAAGACAGACUGCUGGGCAAGAUGGUGAAUGGAAGAAAAACCACAAAGUUUUAAAAGAAAGAGAAGAAAACAAAAAAAAAUUGUGCUCAAAAAUCCCUGUGGGGGGUUUAUUUCUUAAAAUACUGUGAUUUUUUUAAUUAUUUUAGUAAAAAAACAAAACAAAAAAGAGAGAAUUCCUAGAUACUGUCUGUGACUUGUCAUCUUUUAUUCCAGGUAAGCUGUUUGUUAGCGUUCAGCUAUGAUUUUAGGGCGUUGGGUUUGUUGGUUGGUUGGGCUUAUUAUUAUUUUUUUAAGACUCAUGUGAUUGACUCUGUGCCGUUCUCGUUUGCCCCAUGUCUACGUCGGCUCAGCCUGAGGGAUUACAAUACAGCACAAUUAAUUUUUUUCCCAUGUAAAGUAAUGUUACUUCCCCCGCAUUUCUCCUUUGCUCUCACCCAAUGUGAUAGGGCUGGGAAGGAGAAGUAAUUCUGGUGAAUAGAUGAUGACUUAUUAUUAUUAUUAUUUAGUUUUAAACAUGCGGAGAAAUCAAAGAAGUAACUUUUUUAAAGAAACUCAAAAACAAAAAAAGACCCUUUAACUAAAGAACCAAACUUACAGCACAACUAUGCAGGUUGUGGACCCAUCCAUGAGUCCUCAGAAUCAUUCUGUUGCUCGUCCAAUUGAACAUCUUUCACUGAUUAUUAUUUUGGUUACUUAAGAAUGGUUGCUUUUUCUUUUUUUCAAUGUGGUUUGUCUCGUUUUGGUACAAGAAGGGUCAGAGGGAGAGGGAAUCGAUAACCACAUAUAGUUCUAAAGAUCAGGUAACCCAGUUUUGCAAUACUAGGAGCCUAGAGAUCUACAUUUUGUGGACUUCAAGGAGGGAGAGAAAUCAUGGCGCCACCUCGCAUUCUUCACACGAGGGGGAACUGCAGAGCCUAAAUAGGAACGGAAGUUGUGUUUUGAGUUCCUUUUUCCAUGUAAAAAUGUUGGGAUAUCUUGCAUGAACCUGAAGGAGAAGGUCCAGGCCCAGGGGAGAAUGGUCUGAUUGUGAACAAAUGGGAUUACUUUCCAAAAGUAGAAAGUACUUGAGUGAAAUCUAGUUUUAGAAAUGCAUGUCUCUUUGGGUUGCUUUUUUUUCUCCUUUUUUCUUUUCCUUUUUUCUUUUCCUUUUUAUUGUUUUUUUUUUUAACUUUGAGGGGAAGGGAAGGGAUGGGGUGGGAAACAGGAAGCUGUGGAAAAGCUGAUGCCACACAAAAAUUCUCAAACGGAUGGCGUGAAAGAGAUGAAAAGAAAACAAACAACUACCAUUGCAUUUGUGGAGGAAAUACUACUUGAAAAAAGCAUGUAUUGAAUUUUGCAGAUUCUUAGUUUGUGAGGGUGGGCUUUCAAUUUCGGGUUUUUUUUUCCUUUUUUAAUUAUUUGGUGGGGAGGGAAAGUCAUGUGGCAAACACAUUGGAAGAAGUAUAAAUAAACAUUUUGUGUCUGAAUGUUUUCUUUUUAAUUGGCCUCAUAUCAAAUGUAUUUAAACAGUUCCAUACCUGGAUUGGAUGUUUGUAAUGGUUACCAAAAAUGAAAAAGAAAAAAAAAAAGAAAUGAUUGUGACAUGCUUUUAUCACUACUUUAUUUUUCGAAUAACAUGUAAAUAUUGUAAUCCAUUGGAUUUUUUUUGUUUUGUUUUUUGUUUAUUUUAUUUUUUGCUAACCUGUUAAUAAAUAUAUGGGACCAUUAUCCUUUUUAACAAGUCUAGAAUGUCAUAUUUUUUCUUGUGUUUUUCCCCCUCCCAAAUGUAUCCUUUGAUAUAUUGUGGACACACAUUUUAGAUGCAUUAUUACGAUUCUGUUGGCUGUAAUGAUGACCUAGGAUUGAGAGUAACAUCCUUUUUUUAUUUGUUUAAUUUAUACAGAGGACUUUUUUCAGAGUUUGAGAGAAGGAAAUAAAUAGCAAAAUGAUAA